UACGCAGCAAUAUAAAAACAUGGACGUGAUUCGAAACGUUAUACAUUGCCUUACGCCAAAGUCAUGACAAAAUUUGGCCACCCGAACUACUUUGUUUUCCGAAUCGCCUAUUUUAUCAACCAAAUAGGAUCAAAAUAGUCUUUUUGCAGUGUCACUUUCCACAACUCAGUAUUUAGAAUAACCUGACAGUGAACAUGUUUGUCUGAAAUUUAUUAUUGUUGAAACCGACUACGCUUGCGACCUACACAAUUGGCGCUGUUCAAAGCAAGUUACACAUGGUAGUAGAUUUCAUAGGUAGUUUAGAGGUGCAGAAUCUGGCUGGCACUUUUUAAAUAUGUUUUUUUCAGGAAUCAUUUAGUAAUAUUACCGAGUGUUUGUAACGUGCAUAGCACCUUAGUUUGAGCCUAAUUUUCUAUCUUUUUGAAGCAUAGUCUUCCAUAAACAGUACUGUUUAUUGACAUCUUAGCACCUGCUAAGAUGUCCAGCAAAAAUAUCUGGAUUGCUUUAAUUUUAAAUACCUAGCUUUUUAUUCAGAUAUCCUGUGACUUGUCACUUGUAUCCAUUAUAGCAAGUUCAAAUUCUCAAUAUUAUUCCCAAUUUUUAGGAAGAUUUGACCCAUUUGGAGGAAAUGGCACCAAAACCCCGAAAUUUCCUUAGAUCUGGGGUUUUCCCUUAAACCCUGGUGAAAGUCAUUUGACUUUGGGGACUUCCCCAAAGUUAGGAGAUUGGGUUGUCAUGUCAUUGGAUAAUCUCAAAAAGUCCUCUACUUACUAUUAUUAGUAGUUUUUUUGUUUCGAAUUGAUUUAAUAUAACACGGCUUGUUGAGGUAGUUUCUUAGCUUAGCGUUCAUGUAUUAACUGCAUAUCCACUCUUUUUUUAUUCCUAACGCACCCCGGUUGUGGCGCACGACAUAAAGAGUGUAGGUUAAUAUUGAAAACUGUUUGCGACCCUUGACUCUUCAUUAUCUCGUUAUUUUAGUUGACACACGACGUACCAUUGACCUUACAUUUAUAUUAACUGCAAUUUGUCGUAGUAGCUAAGGUUAUCCCAAACACUGAUGAAUUUCAGUACAUUUGACGCUGAUCUUGUACUAAAACUUAUAGUAUUCUUUUUUUUCUAACAAGUGGUGCUUCGUGUUCAAACUUUUCGUCAUGCAUGUCUUUUCCUCUGUUCAUUGGGUAAUUCACAACACAUCAUAUACACCACUGAUCUAAAAUUUUGGUUCCUUAACCUUCCCCUCCUUAGGUGUACCAUCAUACCUAUUAUUUUCUUGAAAUCAUCGAACAUUUUUUAUUCUGUUUAGUGGGAACAUUUGUACCCCUUCAGUAUGUAGGACUUGCUCGAAUCAAAAUAUCAACAAGUUGUAUUAGGGCAUUCAACAUCAAACCAAACUCCUAACUGUACUGGGACACAGGAAAAGGUUUCUAAUUGGUCACUAUCCACAUAGCUAGAGCUUUUCAUUUUGUCUAUUUGGAUAUCUCUUACUAGUACAAGUUAUUUAUUUCUGACCGCUAACUUAUUCAAUAUCACACCAGCUUCCGUUAUUAGAGCCUCACUACUGCAAUGUUAAUUAAAAAACCAUUAGAAUGACUAGUUCUCCGGAACAGAACAAGAUGCACUUCCAUGUAAAGGUUUCCUGGGAGUUGUAAACUAUUGGCCCAAUAACUCUCACACAAUAAGUGGAUUUUGAAGAUGAGAACAGUUGUCCACACUUGAUCACUCAGUUACGUUAAUUUUAGUUUCAAGCAGGACUACUGACUAGUAGUUUCGUGUCUAAGGCACUUGACUUUCUGGUGUUGGAUAGCAGGCUAAGCACCUUACUAUCUAGAAUCCAGGCAAUGACCAUCCAUAAAUAACGGGAUUUAGCACAAAUUCUUAUUGAUUCAAGUCCCCACCACUUGUAACUAUUAUUUUAUCAUUAAACUAGUUAGUUUGUCCUAAAAAUACUCAAAAAUCGAAAAAUUAACGUGACCUCUGACUGAAGCUCUUGAUGGGAUUCUCCUAUAGCUAAGAAGACACUAAUCACCGCUCGUAUUUUCUUACUAUCCGUAUUAUUGUCUCAAAUGACCAUCAUUUUGAUUGUAAUUUGGCUAAAACAUUUCUUUUAAAAGCCUCACCUUGUUAUAUUUGCGUGCCUCUAAUGAUUACAACUAUGUGAAGCAGUUAUUCAUUGAUUUUUGGUUUUUUUUCUAGUGUAGGGUCGUGUCUACUAACCGUGCGUGUAAUAUAAAAUGAAAUUUUCAGCACUAGGCGUAAGUUUUCUGUUUUUGUCUUGCCUACUUUCUAGAAGUCUUCACGACCACUAUUCUUGUCAACUCUAGUUUUAUUUGAUGUUGAAACCACGGGAUUACCAUCUGCAAACUUUAAUCCAGAAAUUACAGAACUAUGUAUGUUGGCUUGUAGUCGAUUCAGUUUGGAGAAUGCCACUGAUGAACCUAGAGUAGAAAAUAAACUCACACUAUGCUUCAAUCCUACUAGAACUAUUUCAUCGAUAGCAUCUAAAAUCUCCGGUUUAAAUUCUGAUAAUUUGUUCCAUCAGAGGGAUUUUGAUGCUAGUGCAGUGGAUCUUAUCCAGUUGUUUCUUAAUCGAUUGGAUUCACCUGUAUGUUUUAUCGCCCAUAAUGGACUGCGUUUUGACUUUCCAUUGUUGAGAGCUCAGAUAAUGAGUGUCAAAGGAAAAAAUUACAAUCUGAAUGACUCUACAAAUGCACCAAUUAUAUGUACAGACACAUUACCUUUAUUUCGCGAGUUCGCCUCCCAGUUGGCUGGAGUAAAUCCAGAUGAUUCGGGUUUUAUUUCAACUGAUGACCAGUCAUCCACUCCUGUUCCUAUAUCUCAUUCUAGUCCAAUAAAGUUACCUACUACUACAAACAAACAUUCCUUUCACUUAGGUGAUAUACAUGAACGUGUAUUUGGUGAAAAGCAUAAACAUGCUCACAGUGCAGAAGGUGAUUGCAGAGCGAUGCUUCGACUAAUCCAAUAUUUAGGAUCACCUGCUAUCGAUUGGUUACAAUCUCAUUAUAUAAAUUUUAAUUCAAUAACACCCAUGUACAGCUUACAGACAUCCGGCACUAGUCGAACUUGUUCUCUGUUCCCUUACCAAAGAACGAAAGUAUAUUCAAAUGUAUCCCUUAGUGAUACCACUUCUCAGUUGGAUAACUUGCAGUUGGAAUAGUACGAAAGCCUUGUAAAGAUAUUUUUGUCAAAAUUAUUUUUGAAAUAACUUGUCGAUGUUUUUCUGACUUAUUUUUGGCUAUGUUUUUAUCUAAUUUGACUGACUCGUCGACAAACUUUCAUUUAUUUUUUAUUAAAUGCGCACAGUUAUCUACUUAAAACGUUUUAUAUUAUUUAACUUCUUGAUUUUCAUGCUCGUACUGUUUUUAACCUUUUUUAAUCUGCUUAAAUAAAUAUAUCAUGUCAAAAAAUUAGAUCUUUAUCUCUCCAUGUUCUUUCUGAUAAAAGUUAUUUCUUUCCACGUCAUUUGUAUUCCUAUAAUCAUGAAGUAACUAAAUGAUUUACAGAAAUUUUACCGUUAUGUCAAUUGUAGAUUAACGCCUACUUCUAUUAUAUUUUGUUGAGUACAUAAUGUGAUUUUAAUAUAUAUGUAUGUGUGUGUAAGUGUAAAUUUAUUGCUUGUAAAUUAUUAAAUCCUUUUGUCUAUAGUGUAGUUCAAACACUAUUUUUCGGUCUUAAGCAAGUAUAAAAAUAGUAGUGGUAAAAUAAUCAACAGGUUAAUCAAUCUUGUAAUUAUUAGUAGAAUGUAAAACACUAUUAAUUCUUUUUUUACUCUUAUUGAUCUUAAC